AUAUGGCCGCGUCCAUGACGCGAGCUCUUGCAUAUGCGUAAUAGUGCCCGAAGGAAUCGUCCCCGGCUAGCUUGCCUAAACAAUGCACGGCUUUCUGCUUCGUCUACUCUCGGCCGCACGACUAUGCUCGUUUUGGGUAUGAACGUUUUUAACCUUUCGGGAAUCGCCAAGUCUUUCUCGUCCAUCGGCCUUAAUACGGAAGUUGCGGCAAACUCCUAACUUCGAUCGGGCCUCACUGCUUUGGUGGCAGGAGCUGCUGAGUCAUGGCUGCCAACAUCUGGCAGGAUGCGCUGAACGCUGAGCGUGCAGCCAGCGCGUACGAGAGAGCACUAGACGAAGAAAGUGUGCUAGUUGCCCUGGGUGAUAUGAAGGCGUCACCCAACGGAGAUGGCACUGCCCCCCUGGUGGAUGAGAGUGGCUGCGUCUAUCUCAGUGGCUCCAGGCGCAAGGUGGACUUUGUGUUGGCCUACUCUCCGGCCAAACACCAGGCCAUCCGGGAUAUUUUCGAGGAGGAGCUCAGCAAGGCAGGCCUGGUGCUCGAGCACGUCCCACAGAAUCCGAGUGGCCUGUGCUUUGUGAAGAUCCAUGCACCUUGGGAAGUGCUGAGCUGCUUUGCUGAGAUCAUGCGCCUCAAGAUGCCCGUCAAGGAGCUGCCGAACCAAAACCGCCUUGGCAAACCAGCAAAGCGUCGGAGAUUCCAAAGGCGGGACUAUGCGAAAAAUGAUCGCGUUCCGGGAUUCGUUGGUCUGGUGGGUGGAGCGGCCCAAGAAAAUCUCUCGCCAGGGUGUCGUUCCGAAGACUCGUUGUGGAGCUUGAGGAUGCAGGAGCAGAAUGCUAUGCUGGACUGCGAGCCUGUGGAAAUUCGUUCAAUGGGGCGUCGGCAAAAGCAGUUUGCCGUUACAUUUUCUAUGUCCAAGGAAUACCUGUUUGACAUCCCCGAGCCGAAAGAGGACUUCUUUAGUGCAGCACAGAGGGCACAAGUGGUGCAUUUUAUUCUCCAGCGCAAAUCUUUCUCGCGUGACACCCAGCGGCGCCACUUUGGCAUCGGUCGACUGCUCGCCGACGGCGUCUACCUGGCUGCUUAUCCGUUGCACGAAGGUGGCUCUGACCGCUCGUGCAGUGAAGGCACGGAGGCCCCUCGCAUGCAACUUCGGCGCAAGUGGGCAUCACUGCUGGCAGUUUUUCGCUACCAGCCUUUGGACGAUGUGCGGCGUUACUUUGGUGUGAAGAUCGGCCUCUACUUUGCCUGGCUCGGCUUCUACACUACCAUGCUCCUGCCGGCGUCCCUGUUGGGUCUUGGCUGCUUCCUAUAUGGCGUGGCCACGCUGGGCAAGCACCGCCCUGUGCACGAGAUGUGCACUGGUUCGGAGUCGCAGCUGCUCAUGUGCCCGCUGUGCGACAACGGCUGCGAGUAUUGGCGGCUGCGUGACAGCUGCACGCAGGCCCGGCUGGGUUACCUGUCCGACAACGGUGCCACGGUCGUCUUUUCUAUCUUCAUGUCGCUUUGGGGCGUCACUUUUCUUGAGCUCUGGAAGCGCUACUCGGCACGCAUUACUUACCAGUGGGACUUGUCGGGCUUCGACACCCUGGAGGAAAACUCAAGGCCCGAAUACCUGGCACGCUUGUCACGUCUUAAGAAGCGUGACGUGGAGCUUAUCGAGCAGCAGGAGAAGGGUGGCAUGGAAUCAUUGUCGUUCUGGCGAAUACGCCUGCCAUUUAACUUGCUAUCGGUGUCAGUGGUGCUGUUGCUAGUGCUGCUCGCCGUGGCCGCCGUUGUGGGCGUCAUCGUGUACCGCAUGUCGGUGCGUGCUACGCUGGCGCUACAGAGUGAGGAGAUGUCGAGCUUCAUUCCACUCAUCACGUCCACCACUGCAGCUCUGCUAAACUUGUUGUGCAUUCUUCUCUUCAACAUGUUAUACACACGGCUGGCUGAGUACUUGACCGAGAUGGAAAUGCCAAGGACACAGACUGAGUAUGACGAUAGCCUCACCCUGAAGCUGUACCUCCUGCAGUUUGUAAACUGCUAUUCAUCCAUAUUCUACAUAGCCUUCUUCAAGGGAAAGUUCGUCGGUCGACCCGGCAAGUACAACACGUUCCUCAACUACCAGCAGGAGGAGUGCGGCAUCGGGGGUUGUUUUGUGGAGCUUUCCAUCCAACUGGCCAUCAUUAUGGUGGGAAAACAGGCGUUCAGCGCAAUCUCGGAGAUGGCGCUGCCUUACGCCAUGCGCCUCUGGUCGCACAUGUCGUUCCUGCGAAGCAGCAACCACGAGCACCAACCCUCGCAGCCCUGGGAGCGCGACUACUUACUUCCUGACAUGGGCACCACGGGCCUCUUCCACGAGUACCUCGAGAUGAUCCUGCAGUACGGCUUUGUCACGCUCUUUGUGGCCGCUUUCCCACUGGCUCCUCUCUUUGCGCUGCUCAACAAUGUGCUCGAGAUUCGACUGGAUGCGCUGAAACUCCUCGGCUCUUAUCGGCGGCCCGUGGCUGUGCGAGUCCGUGAUAUUGGCAUCUGGUAUCGCAUCAUGGAUUCUUUGGGCAAACUGGCUGUACUUACCAAUGCUGUCCUCAUUGCCUUCACGUCAGACCUGGUGCCGCGCCUCUACUACCGCUGGAAAGUGUCGCCCACAGGAACCCUCGAUGGCUUUGUAGACUUCAGCCUCUCCUACUUUGAUGUGCAAGAUUACGACGAGGGUGUGCGACACGGAAAUACAUCCGGCCUGCUGGGCUCUCGAUACUGCAGAUAUGCCGACCACCGUACGCCACCAUGGGUUGAGAACCAGUACAAGCGGACAUCGCAGUACUUUGAAAUCCUAGUCUGGAAGUUUGCCUUUGUGCUGUUCUUUGAGAAUAUAAUUGCAUUCCUGAUGACGCUCAUUCGCUGGAUCAUACCCGACGUCCCCAAGACCAUACGGGAGAAAAUUCGAGAGGACAAUCGGCUCACCAAUGAGAUCAUAAUUCUACAGGAGCUACGACGACGACACGUGGACAGCCCGCCCCCAGUGGCCUGAAUGUUCACAUGCUUGAACUGAAUGUUCAUCGCAGGCCACGUUCUGCCAUAUCUGCCAAGUUCCUGCUCCCCCGUGUGUGUGCAAUCGUGUGUUGCUUGUGUUCUGAAACUGAGGCCAUUGAUGUGUUGGUUUAAACGAGGCCCCAAUGAUCAAAGCCACGGAAAUUGUUAAUGAACGAACAUUCUGCUGCAACAGCACUUGGUGCAGCGAUUUUAAUGUCUGGUCUCGUGAGAACUCCUUGUGUACCUGCCCACCAGGAAAAAAAGAACAGCGCAUGCCAUAUAUGAGCAUUAUUCUUCACGGCCGUGCUUAUUUUGCUGUGAAACUCAGGGUGACGUCAGCCCACCUCUUGUUUGAGGUUGCCUGCCUUACGCAUUAACUUUAGUUGAGCUUCUUUUGUUGCUCAUGUUGAUACAGACUCUAUUUACUUAUGCAGAGUUUAUUUCAUACGUUGCGCCAACUGCCAUGCAAACUCUGAUAACACGUAAUCUCAAAUGCGUCUAUAGACUGUAAGCCAUACAACUGCAUGCAUCACUUUUCUUGGCCUAAGCGCUACAGUUUCUAUUAAAACAUGUGCCUCUA